GCGUCUUCUCUUCUACCGCGACUGCUGAUUGCAGAGGCAACAAUGGCUUCCCCUGGUGCUGCUGCUAUCCCUCUGCCUCAGGACAAAUGGGCUGCUGAAGGCAAUGGUGUGUCUCUUGCUGAUGCAGAUGGCCAUGACCCAGCAGGCGCCGCUCCGCUGCACGACAGCGGGUCGGCUCCUCCAGUGGAUCCUCCAGGCGACUAUCGUUCUGAACCGCCGUCCGCUGGCGGACCUAAAUCCGCGUCUUCAUACAGAGAAAAACAGAUAAAGCCUAACAAAGUCUAUAUCGGCGGUCUGCCCGAACAUACGCGUCGUGAGGACCUCCAGAGUUGUUUCGGAAAAAUCGGCGAGAUUGUGAACAUUGAACUCAAGCUGGGCUACGGCUUUGUGGAGUUCGAGACUAGGGAAGCUGCCGAGGAAAGCGUAGCCAAGUAUCAUGAAGGUUUUUUCAUGGGUAACAAAAUUAGAGUUGAGAUGUCCCAUGGCGGUGGUCGCACGGCAAAGUACAACGGUGAUCCUGGUGCUUGUUUCAAAUGUGGAAUGACUGGCCAUUGGGCGAGGGAGUGUCCCAAUCACUCUGCCCAUGGUCCUGGACCACGCAGGCCAGGUCAUUUCGCUGAUCCUGCUUCUCGUGAUUAUCCUCCGCCUCCAAGGGACUAUCCGUAUCGUGAAGACUAUGGCGGGCGUUAUCCACCAAAGGACCCUCGCUACGCCUAUGAUUACCCACCACCUCCGUCUCGUGAUUACAGAAGACCUCCUACGCCUCCAAGGGACUAUCGAGACUAUCCUCCUGCAUCUCGUGCUCCAAGAGACUAUGAUGACUACAGAAUGAGGCCACCACCUGGUGCUCCGCCUCGGUCAUACUACCCUGGUGAACCUCCAUACUCCCGUGGAUAUGAAGCUCGUGAAUUCGAGAGAGGCGGAGUGGAAAGGAGGGGUGCGGGUGUGCCUCCUGCCGACAGGUACCCGCCGUAUGGCGGUCCACCUCGGCCGCGCACUCCACCUGGUCCUCCACCUCCUCGUGCGCGCGACGAUUACGACAGACCACCUCCAAGGGAUUACGCGGCGGGUGAUUAUCGAGGACGCCCAACCACGCCUCCGUUGCCUCCCGCGGCUGCGGUACCUCCAGCAGCCAGGUAUGGCGACUAUCCGCCUCGCGGUGGGAGCGAAGUUCCGGGACCACGGUACCGCCGUCGCUCGCAAAGUCCCCCGCCAAGGUCUGGCGGCUCAAACUACCGCUCUGGGCCCUAUCCUGCUGAUCAUAGCUCUGACACCCCUGGUUAUCCUCCAACCAGUGCUCCUUACAACGGUUCAGCUAGCUACUCUUCCAAUGGCUAUUCCGCUGCGGGUGCUCCACCACGAAGCGGCGGAAGCAUGAGGGACAGAGACUACCCUCCGCGGAACGGUGCUGAGCCUGUUGGCUAUACAAGGCGUGCUUAGGUGCCUUGAGGGAUUUGCUUUGUCUUGAGUCUGCUAGGACCUACUAAGGCCGUCCCUCCAGUCCGCUUCAGCUACCUAUCAGUUAAAAUCCCUUGCUUGUUUAAAAUGUCGUCGUCUAUCUCUCUUUUCGUUCUCUAAAAAUGUGCUCAACGAACUACGGUGCAUGGGCAAUCUCUACGUUUCUGUGCCUUGCUCUUAGCCUCUUAGUUGUCGCAUACAUAGUCCGUCUGUUUUUACGUUGCGUUUAUGACGUCAUUCCGUUGCGAUCACGUGUUCUAUUCAAUCUG